AUUGUAGAGUUAAGGUUUGACAAAAAAAACUACCCGGACCCUCGUUCCUCUGCAGUCCACACGUCGAUCAUCGCGACAACAUAUUUUGAUUUUCUUCAGUAAAGUAAUGGUGCUCAAAAAGGUGCUUGUUCCAGUUGCUGUUGGAACGGAGCCGAUGGAGGCUGUGAUUGUUAUUGACGUGCUCCGUAGGGCUGGCGCUGAUGUUACCGUCGCUUCCGUUACAAGCCAGCUUUGCGUCGAUGCUGCCCGCGGUGUUACAAUCGUCGCUGAUGCUCUUAUUUCUGCCUGUGUUGACACCGUUUUCGAUCUUAUUUCUAUCCCUGGAGGAAUGCUAGGUACAGUUAAUCUUAGAACUAAUAUGACCCUGUGGCGUAUGCUGCGCGACCAUGUUGAAGAAGGUCGAAUAUAUGGUGCACUAAGUGAAGCUCCUGCUUUUUUACUUGGGAAGUGGGGUUUCUUGUGGAACUUAAAAGCAACUUGCGCUCCAUCUUCCAUGGGGACGCUAUCUUCUUAUGCGAUUGCGGUUGAUUCACGACUCCAGCUGGAUGGAAAAGCUGUUACUAGUCAAGGCCUGGGAACCACCAUGGAAUACGCUCUUGCACUCGUUGAGCAGCUGUUUGGGACAGAGAAAGCUGAUGAACUUUCUGGACUACGGUUGAUGCCUUUCGAGCCCAAUAACACGUUCUUUCAUACAUGGCCGCAAAACUUAUUUCAAAGGACAUGCGGCACUCGACGACCCAAGGUUCUAUUAUCUAUUGUGGAUGGGUUGGAGGAGAUGGAAGCUGUUAUGAUAAUUGAUGUUCUACGACGUGCAAAAGCCGAAGUUGUGGUGGCAUCAGCUGCUGAUAAACGUGAAGUUAUGGCUUCUCGUAAAGUAAGAUUAGUUGCAGACAUGCUCCAUAGUGACGCUGUUGAACAAUCAUAUGACCUAAUCAUGUGGCUUGGGGUCCUUGGAUUUGCUAGGGCCCGAGCAGUUGAAGACUCUGAUGAUGAAGCACUUCCCCAUGAACUACUAAAGGUGAGCCCUUUCACAGGACUAUGCGAAACUCCAAGCAGCGUGAUGGUUGCUGGUAAAGUUAUCAUCAGCAGAGGUCUCGGGACAACCUUGCUAUUUUCAUUGACCAUAGUAGAUCUAUUGUUGGGUCGAGAGAAAGCAUUAGAGAUUGCUAAGCUAAUGCUAGUAGAGAAUUUUCAUUGAACAUCAGCUUCCGAUCUUGCUUAGAGUAUAGUAUGUCUAGUCUAGUCUUAGUUGCUGCUUGCAUGUUUAACACGAAAGUUGGUUUUUCUUCUCAUUUUCCUUAACUUUGUAUCUACAUGAAAGGUUUCUACUACAUUGAGUUACCAU